CUUCCGUAUCUCACAGUCCACUUAACUUCCGUGUUUCUAAGGCUAUCUCUCUUAGGCUACUGGGUCAAGCGGUUUAACACAAUGAGGUCCAUCCCUGAAGACUUAACAACACUCAUUUCAGAUCUGGAAAACUUUUUGACGGAUGUCCUAAAGGCGGAGAAUCUGAGCAAGAAAGCAAAAGAGAGAAAGGAUGCCUUUAUCAAGCGCAUUAAAGAUGUGAAAACGAGCUACUCACAAGAUUUUAAGGAAAAACGAGACGAAGAGUUCCCAGAGCCUGACGAAGCGGACACCAACGACGGAGGAUCGCUUCACUCAGAGCAGACUGACAGGGAUGAUGAAAACGCUUAUGAUGGUGUUCAACAGUGUCCUCCGGUGCCAGCUCAAGAACUUCAAUCUGUUUUAAAGAGUGGCUACCUGGAGAAGCGCCGAAAAGAUCACAGCUUCUUUGGCAAUGAGUGGCAGAAGAGAUGGUGCGCCUUAAGUAACAACAUAUUCUACUACUAUGGCAGUGAAAAAGAUAAACAGCAGAAGGGAGGGUUUAAUAUUGUCGGAUACACUGUCAGACUGAACAACACCCUGCGGAAAGAUGCAAAGCGAGAUUGCUGCUUUGAGAUCUCAGCUCCAGACAAGCGUGUGUAUCAGUUCUGUGCUGCGUCUGAGAAAGAAGCUAAAGAGUGGGUGGAGCACAUUGACUUUUUGAUUAAAGACAUGGGUGGAAUCAUUCCGGAAGAUGAAGAAGAGUAUGAUGACUGCUUAUCUGUAUCCCAAACCCAAUCAACCAUGCCUGAAAUUAUCGAUGAUGACAUCUAUGAAGAACUUCCUGAGGAAGAUGAACCCCAGCCUGCUAAAAAAGCAGUGGCCCUACCCCUGGCCAACAAACCUCUACCACCUUCCACCCCUAUGACAGCCCCUGCAGCAGUGAACAAGAGCACAGACUAUGAAAACUUCUUCCAGGGCUUGUGGGAUUGUGCUGGCGAACACCCCGAUGAGCUGUCCUUCAAAAGAGGAGACACAGUCUACAUCCUCAGCAAGGAGUACGACAUCUUCGGUUGGUGGGUGGGGGAGAUAAAAGGGGUCAUCGGAAUCGUGCCCAAGGAGUAUCUUAUGGAACUGUAUGUGCUGUAAAGGGUCUGAGGAACCUCUGAUGACCUGCCAUUGUAGCUUCAUGUUCCACAAGUUACUAUUUCUAUAUAAUUUUAUAUAGCUGAUAUGUAAAAAACACAAUUUAUAAAGCAGCCUAUGUUCAGUGUAGAAUGUGAUACUUUUCGCUUAUUAUUUAAUUAAUGUUCUCUAGUAUUUAAUAGGGAUGACUGAAUGAAUGUUGUGACUUUUUUGUCUUUCAAAUGCAUUGUUGUAAGCAAAAACGACAUGAAAUAAAGCUCGCACCUUAACGCAAUCA